AGGGCCUGUUUGACCUUAUUACGAAUCCUCAAUAUGAAGCAGAUAUAAACACCUUCGAUCAACUGGCAAAAGAAAAGAUGACUUUGUUUGUUCCUUCAUUUGCAAGGGCAUCACAUCUGGAAGAGAUUUUUCCGAAAAUAUCUAUACGCACUUGGAAGAGUGAAGACGAAUUUUCAGCAAUUGUCAGGGAUAAAACAAACAAACGUUAUGCAAUGUUCUAUAGCUCUGAAGUGUGGCAGAUGUGUGGUGCUUUAAUACAUCCGGAACUUAGGUUCUACAGAGCAAUGAGAGAUAGUACUUUUUAUUAUCAACCACAUUUCUGCAGCAGAAGGCUAAAAAUUGGCUCUCAGUAG